GUGCCUAUAUGUAUCAGAGUCUGAACGAAAAACAUCGACAGAUGGCAAAGAUCAUGUUAUGAUUAAUAUUUCUAAUUAAAUUCAUGUAGCCUUGUAUGAAAUAGAAUAUUCGAGGGCAAGUGAAGACACUGGUUAAUCUUAUAACAUGAAAGUAACACGGGUGUUCAUCAGUCGGGAGAAAAAACGGUUCUCUGUAAAAUUGUGCAUCGAAGGAGAGAGCGAAUGAACAUGGCGUUUGUUUCCUUCAUAUGUUCCGAAGAUUCUAUUCGGUUGUAUUAGCUGUUCGGUGAUUGCAUCGUGCUGUGGCAUUUUCACGUGUGGACGCAUUAGGCGCUGGUACUCUGACUUGGUCAAGUUUAUUUUACUUUACGUCCUGCGUCUCCAUCGUUCUGGCUUGGCGUUUCAAGAAUAUGACCCCAGAGACUUCAAAAUUAUGAGAAGGACAGUUGUUUCUAUUGCUUGUAUCAUUUGGAAUGCAGAACGUUUAUGAGACAGAUAGAAAACGAAAAUGACGUCACGUAGCUAUACUAAAUCAUAUAGUCGUAAGGUGAGUAAUGUGACACCAGCUAGCAUUCAGUUCGACAAGCUCUUCAGGGAAAACAGUAACAGACCAUCCGCUGCCAAGUCUGCAGGAACUGUUGGAAAAUGGGGUAUUACUUCCUUCACAUCGAUCAGAAGCACCAACAUCAAUGGAAGAAGAGAUGAAAUUCACAACACAUAUGGAGCAAAGAAAAUGAAGCUUGAUUAUGGAAAUCAGAAUGCUCGUGUUAAUUCCGGAAAGGAUCCUUUCUCAUUCGAAGCAGAUCCCGACGUCAAACCGGAUGCCGCACCGGCACCAGUAGUAAAGCCGAAGAAAUUCUUCAAAAGCCGAAAUGCCCCUCCCGUAGCAGAGGAACUACGUGCGGAUGCGGCUAUCUAUCGACAAGUACCUGAUUCACAGUAUGGACGAUCUCGUCCUCCAAAGCAGCAGCAGCAGCAGCAACAACAAUUGCAACAGCAGCUGCAGUCACAGCCACAGCUACAACUUCAGCAACCACCACCCAAACAGCUUUUGCCAAAACCGUCUUACACUCCCGUAAAGAAAAUCAGCGAAGUUUCAGACAGUGGCACAAGCUUGGAGAUGACUAAUCGCGAGGAUGCAAAACCGCCAAUAGUAUUGAGAAUAUGUAAAGGAACAUCUCGACUGGUCUGCACAGAUACCCAGGAAAGUCAAGAAUCUGAACCAGAAACGUACAGGAUCACGACACCGCUGUCGAGUCCUAUUAAGCUGGAUGUGGAGCGUCAAUCUUUCAGUCCGGAAAUAUCGCCGAAAUUAGAUCUCAAAGUAAGAGAAACACGUUCCUGUCAGCAACCAGUAGUUACUACUGUCUCUAUACCAUUAGAUAAUUCUGAUAUGCGCCGAACAACACGUAGCCGUGCUAAGAAUCUUCAUCUGGACUUGACACCCACUACGUCAACCACCCCAUCGACUCCAACCACACCGAAUUCUCAUAGCUCUGGACUCUCAUUAACUCUACGCAAAUCUGUUACUGACUCUAAUAACACCCUCAUAACUCAUUACGAUAUCGUCAAGACUGACUGUAAUACGAGUUAUGAAAAACAGCCCACGAUAGAGCCACUGAUAGGACGUGAUCAACCACUGCCAACCACGACUCAAGAACUGAUUGACAUACUCUCUAGUGAUGUUGAUACCAAGGUGGAACCAAAGGUGGAUCCAACUGAAAGUAUAGCCGACGAAGUGGAACACUGUUCCAUAGAUUUACCAACGUUUGAAGUAUUGAAGAAGGAGGUAAAUAUUAAGGAGGAAGUUAAAACGGAAAUAAAAGAAGAAAUACAGCCAGAGCCACUAGCACCUGUCAUAGACAACGAAUUGGCUGCUGCCAAAACAUUGGUGGACCAGGACUGGUUCUCUGGUAGCGAUGAUAGUGAAGGUCCCAAUGGAAAUCCCGAAAGCGAGACUCCUAUGAAUGCUCCAAGUCCAAUUCCAGAAUCACAACCAUCAUCCGCACCGCCGACCAAUAUGAUGACCAAACCCGUUACCAAGAAAGGCAGUAUUUUCAAAAGCCGUUCGACUGGUGCAACGAACGGAAAUAAAAGACGUGCGCUAUAUAAACACAAAUGGUGUGAUAGCGAUAAGGAAACCAACCCUGCUGAUACAUCUGGUACUGGUAGUAACGUACAAAAUACAGCUUCCAGCUCACACACGAGUGCUGGACCAGUUGCUUAUGAGGAAGAAUUUGAACCUUCCAAAUUAACUCGAGUAGUGACUUAUCCUGAGACUGAUAUGGACUUUACCGAUGAAACUGAAGCUAUAACUAGUAUUCGAUGUGGCAAGAAAGUCAAAGGAUUCUAUACUGUUGUCAAGAAUGUUAAGAAAGCUCAUCAGAUCCAAGAGAGUGGUGAAUUCCAAGAGUUCAACGACGACGUGGAAUAUAUUCUGGAUACUUUGAGAGAAAACAAUCCUAAUGCUACACGUUGCCUUUCGGCUAUACGAUUGGCUAGUAAAUGCAUGGCUCCUGCAUUCCGUAUGCAUGUUCGUGCUCAUGGCACAGUGGCAAAAUUCUUCAAAGCUCUGCACGAUGCAACUAAAGAUCAGAGUCUAGGCUUAUGUACAGCAACAGUGAUGUUUGUCUUAAGCCAAGAUCGUUUAGCAAUGGAUUUGGAUCGCGACUGCUUAGAACUAAUGCUAAGCUUAUUAGAAUCUGAUGCAAGUCACAAGAAUGCCCUUGACGAUUGUGGACUUAGUAGAGCUGAGUUAUUGAAAAAUAAAGAAAAAGUCCGACAACUUUGCGCAGACAUACAAGCUCAGGGACAUGCAAAACACCUGAAUCUUGAUAAUAUUACAGUUGGUCAAUUGGCCAUGGAAACGCUUCUUAGCUUGACGUCAAGACGAGCUGGAGAAUGGUUCAAGGAGGAACUAAGAGAAUUAGGAGGUCUUGAACAUAUUGUCAAGACUAUUCGAGAAUGCCAUCGCCAUAUUUAUGCCAGUAAUGUUCCACGAUCUGGCUGGACUGAUCCUCUGCUGGACCAACUACGUAAAGUUGAUAGAUGUUUAAGAGUUUUAGAAAAUGUUACACACAUGAACGAGGAAAAUCAAGUAUACUUGUUGAAGUACGAUAAUGGUGUCUUGGUAAGCACCCUGGCCAGUCUUUAUCAUCUCUGUGGCCACGAGAUUCCCAUUUACCCAACCAUAGAUCCCAGUGACAAGAGCUCCACUGGUGCUGUGGUGCGAGAGUGUCUAUUUGCUAUCAUCAAAGUUCUCAUAAAUCUGACGCAUCGAUUUAAUAGGCAAUCCUUUGGUAGCCAAGCAGUUGGGUCUCAGGCUGGUGUCGUGGAAUGCAGUUUAUAUCUUUUGUUACGUGUGCCAGACUCUCUUCCGGAGGAGAAACGAUUCGAUAUGAUGAUGCUGGCUCUGAUUCUUUUGAUAAAUCUGGUGGAGCAGUGUGACGAUAAUAAAAAGCUUCUCAUUGAAUCCAAGGCGCCACCGUCGCCGGAAAAUGUAUUUGACAUCUCUGGUGAGAGUGGCGUGGAGGCCCUUAUCGAUCUCUUUUACAAACAAGAGGAGCUUGCGCGUGCUGAGGAACAAAAAACCGACGCCAUUCUUGACGGCAAAAAAGAUUCUGAGCAAACAGAAACGGUGUCGACGACUACUAAGUCUCAAGAGGAAUUUAUCGAGGAAACUGUUACAAAGUUAUUGCAGAAAGCAGGUCGGCAUAUGGAACACACUUUGAUAGGUGCAUACGUAGUGCUUUUACUGGGUUACUUAGUUAUGGAUAACAAGGAUUACGAGUCUUUGGUUCGCAACAGACUUCCAGACAACACUUUCGCCACGAUGGUGACUGUACUGCAAAAGUUUUUCAAUUUUAUGAAUUUAACAGCAUCGAACGAAGUAAGCAGCUGCGGAAUAGCGGCUACCGACAAAGUGAUCAAGUUCCUAAAACUAUCCGACGCGGAAGCCGUGGAAAUUAAGAAUGAGUUGCUGUUUCCGGUGCUCGAGGAUCCCAGUAUGAAACUCGAACUGAGUUCAUCCUGAUCAGCAUAUUACAAGUAUCAGUUUGUUGAAAGUAAUUUUUGUUCAACAGCGACAGGAACAGAGCCAAAGCUACACGCGUCGAAUAAAGGAGGAUUUCUUUAAUAGCGAUCACGUGGGCGGAUUUAUCUGAUACUGAGCGCAUAUUUUGAUAUAUAUUUAUUCAUUUAUAUAAUUUAUUGCUGUAUUUCUCAUGGAUUAUCGUAUUGAUUUAUUAUUCGAUUUGCAGCAGAACGUUUAACAUUAAGAUAUUAGUUGUUACUUAAGUACGAAUGCAUAGGAUACUACUGUACACAACAGGGAUAGAUCUUCUAAGUACGAAUGCCAGGGCACUUAUCGAAAGGUUGAUUAUUAUUACUGUCAACUUCUGUAACGCAGCUCAUUCAACCCUUUCAUUGGUCAUCCUUCGAAGGUACAGAGACUGCAGAUGCGCAUGUCAGUCUUUUGCAAGAUUCUUGCCACAACCAUUUUUUCUUUUACUGAGUGGUAAACACAUAGCAACAAUUCUUGUUUUCUUCUUUCAAAGUAAGUUUUAUUAUUGCACGUGGAUGUUCUGUUCGAAUGUUUUUCUUUUUCUGUCUUUUAUUGGCAGUGCAAGGGUCGAAUGUAGGCCAUUGAAUAUUCAAUAUAGUGUUAUGCUCUGUAAGUUUAUUUUAAUAUUAAAAUUAAAUCUAUACUAUAAUAAGCCUUGUAAAUUUAAAUUUAUAAAUGAUAAUUGUACCUUA